AUGGUGCUGAACAAUGCUCAACUCCAUCCUGCUGUUACCUUCUCCAACAAGGUUUUUCGCAAGGACAAGGAGAAUUCGAGGCUGCUUCGUCGGUUGGGAGUCGACCUCCACGACAAAGUCACCCUGUGCAACAUUCAUGACGACCUCAAGGCUCAACACGUCUGUGCUCGUCUUGAUGCCAACACCGGUCCCAGCAAGCCUGUCACUGGCUUAGGGGGAGAGCACAUCAACGAUGGAGGGGGAGCAAGUUCUUCCAGGAUCAGGGAGGAAGAUGAAGUUUUCAAAGAACCUGAAGAGAACGAUGACAUAUAUGACUAUGACCCUCCUCCUGAAUAUCCAUUCUAG